CGUACGUCAGUGCGCGACUCCAGUGCUGCACGAUGGGUGGAAUUAAAGAGCUAGCGAUUCUUACGCUUUCUUUUUUGUAUUUUACAUUUGUGAAUGCUACCGAUGAUAUUUUGGUUGGCUGCGGGGGGUUUGUCAAGUCAGAUGUGGAAAUUAAUUACUCUGUCAUUGAGAUAAAGUUGUACACCAAGCAGGGUUCUCUGAAAUAUCAGACUGACUGUGCACCAAUCAAUGGUUACUUCAUGAUCCCACUGUAUGACAAGGGGGAUUUUGUUCUUAAGAUAGAACCACCUUCGGGAUGGAGCUUUGAGCCAACAACUGUGGACCUACAUGUGGAUGGAGUUACUGACAUCUGCACUAAAGAACAAGACAUCAACUUUGUUUUUACAGGGUUUUCAGUUUUGGGAACUGUCUUGAGUAAAGGCCAUUUGUUGGGGCCUGCAGGGGUUGAGGUCAGUUUGAGAAAAGCAGGAGAAGAUGCUGUUCUUCAGAGUGUCUUCACGCAUGCUGGAGGCCAGUAUACUUUCCUCAAGGUGCUUCCAGGAAGUUAUGACAUCACUGCUUCACAUUCUUCAUGGACCCUAGAGCAGAGCUCAACCGCUGUGGUUGUGUCGAAUGAAAACGCUCCUGCCGCAGCUCCACUGGUGGUGAAGGGCUAUGAUGUCUCUGGAGAGGUGCAGAGCGAUAGCGAACCCAUGAAAGGAGUCAGUUUCCUCCUUUACUCUGCCAGUGUAACGAAGGAGGAUAUCAGUGGCUGUGCUGUGGCUCCUGUUGAUGGGGCUUUAGUUGGCGAUGCCUCCCUUGUGUAUCUCUGCAGUUCGCAGUCUCGCGAGGAUGGCACUUUCUCAUUUCCCUGCCUUCCCAGUGGAGAAUACACUGUGGUUCCAUAUUACCGAGGUGAGAGAAUCACCUUUGAUGUUGCUCCUUCUCGAAUGGACUUCAAAGUUGAACACAGCAGUUUAACACUGCAGCCUGUUUUCCGGGUCAUGGGAUUCUCUGUGAUGGGCAGAGUUCUGAAUGGCCCCGAUGGAGAGGGAGUUGCAGAUGCUGUAGUUACACUUAACAACCAGAUUAAAGUGGAAACUAAAGAAGAUGGUUCUUUCCGAUUGGAGAAUAUGACCACAGGCACUUACACUAUUAACACACACAAGGAGCUUAUGUUCUUUGAACCAGUCACUGUGAAGAUUGCUCCCAGCACGCCUCAGCUGCCAGAUAUCAUCACUGCAGGGUUUAGUGUUUGUGGUCACAUCUCCGUCACCCGUCUUCCAGAGACUGUUAAACAGCUUGGACGCUACAAAGUUACACUUUCGGCUCAGAGGCAGGAUCAGGGAUUUUUCCGGACUGUGGAAAGUGACAGUCAUGGAGCGUUCUGUUUUCAGGUUAAACCAGGAGACUACAGUGUGCAGGUGACUCUCCCUGAAAGUGAGGUGAAGGCUGGGCUUGCUCUUCAGCCACACUCUCUGGAUAUCUCACUGGUGGAUCGUCCCGUCACUGACCUUCUCUUCACUCAGUUCAUAGCAUCUGUUUCUGGCUCUGUAUCCUGUCUUGUGGCUUGUGGAGAUCUGACCGUGAGCCUUCAGCCUGUAAGCAGACAGGGAGAAAGGCAGAACUUCCAGUUGUCUGGAAGCAGUGAAACCCUCACCUUUACUUUUGGUAAUGUGCUGCCUGGCAAGUACAAAGUGUCUAUCACCCAAGAAGAGUGGUGCUGGAAGCAUAAGUCAGUGGAGAUCGAUGUACUUGACUCGUAUGUAGAGGGAGUGGAGUUUCGACAAACUGGAUACUUACUGCGCUGCUCACUGUCCCAUGCUAUUACACUGGAAUUUUUCCAAGACGGCAGUUUACCAGAGAAUGUUGGCGUUUACAAUCUGUCCAAAGGAGUCAAUCGUUUCUGUCUGUCAAAGCCUGGUGUUUAUAAAGUGACUCCACGCUCCUGUCACCAGUUUGAACAGGAUUACUACACCUACAACACGUCUGCCCCAAGCAUCUUAACUCUGACUGCUGUCAGACACCACAUGACAGGACUUAUAACCACUGAUAAGAUGUUGGAUGUCACAGUCACCAUCAAAUCCUCUAUUGAGAGUGAGCCUGCUUUGGUUCUGGGACCUCUACGCUCAAAUGAGGAGCAGCGAAGGGAGCAGCAACUUCUGGAAAUAGCUGCCCGUAAAAAAGAGAGAGGAGAAGCAGGCGAUGAGAAGAGCCCCCCUGUGGAAGAGAAACCAGAGGAACUUCGUGAGCCUUUUCACUAUGAAUUCUCCUAUUGGGCACGGGCUGGGGAGAAGAUCACAGUCACACCUUCAUCCAAAGAAUUUCUGUUUUACCCUCCUGAAGUAGAGGCUACAAUCACUGGUGAAAAUUGCCCAGGUCGAUUGGUGGAGAUUACAGGCCGGGCAGGACUGUUCCUCACAGGGCAGGUGGCUCCUACAUUAGAGGGUGUGGAAAUCACUAUAAAGGAGAGCAAAGCUACAACACCUCUCAUUACAGUUCUCACAGAUGAAAAUGGAGCCUACAGUGUCGGACCCUUACAUAGUGACUCUCAGUAUGACAUCAGUGCGAGUAAAGAGGGCUUCGUCCUGACUCCAGUGGAAGGAAAGACAGGAGACUUCAAGGCUUUUGCAUUGGCAGGUGUCACUUUUGAGAUAAAGGCAGAGGAUGGCGUUCCUCUGUCUGGGGUUCUGCUGUCUCUCAGUGGAGCAAGCUUCCGCUCAAAUCUGCUCACUCAGGACACUGGACUCCUCACAUUCAACAACCUGAGUCCUGGCCAGUACUAUUUCAAGCCCAUGAUGAAAGAGUUCCGCUUUGAGCCCUCAGCACAGAUGAUAACUGUAGAAGAAGGACAAGUACUGCAUAUUCCCAUCACUGGCUUCAAAACAGCCUACAGCUGCUAUGGAACAGUGCAGUCGAUAGGUGGCGAUGCGGAGCAGGGUGUUGCAGUGGAGGCAGUGGGGCAGAGCGAGUGUGGCAUGUACAGUGAAGACACUGUUACUGAUGAAGAGGGACGCUUUAGACUCAGAGGCUUACGGCCUGGUUGUAACUACAACAUUCAGCUGAGAGGAGAGGGAAAUGAUCACAUAGAGAGAGCAUUGCCACCACACAAGACAAUUGAGGUCGGCAACACCGAUAUUGAUGGAAUCAACAUAAUCGCCUUUAGACAGAUCAAUCAAUUUGAUCUGAGUGGAAAUGUCAUCACUUCCCCUGAGCAUCUUCCCACUCUAUGGGUAAAGCUCUACAAAAGUGAUAAUCUUGACAAUCCCUUCCAGAGUGUGUCUCUUGGCCAGUCCCUGUUCUUCCACUUUCAACCUCUGCCACGUGACGGAGAGAGCUAUGUGCUGAUGUUGGACACAUCCCUCUCUCGCUCCCAGUAUGACUUCAAACUGCCACAGGUCUCCUUCACAUCUUCUGGUUACCACAAACACGUAACACUAACAUUUAACCCUAAGAGGAAAAUACCAGACCAAGAUGUUGCCCAGGGGUCUUUCAUCGCCCUUCCUCUGACAUUGCUACUGUUGCUUGCUGUUUAUAACCAUGAGCGGGUGAUUCCUCUUCUUCUGCAGCUGGUCAGUCAGAUCCAGGGCGUUCGAGGACUCGCUCAGGCAAGCGGAGAUGGGCUUCCUGUGGAUGAAGCCAAACGUCCAUCAAAACGGCCGAAGACGAGACGUACAUGAGACUCCAGUAUCACAAAGCUAAUCACUGCAUUCUGAUCUCACAAACAUCUAGCGUCAUCAUGUUGGUCUGAUCACAAAAUCUUAACAAAUCAACCUCACUUGGGGUCGCCAAAGUGUUUUUGGGCCGUAUAUUUAUUGCUGAUUCUCAGAUGACUCCAGUUUUUUUUUUUUUUUUACGGUAGUGUUCUGGUCACACAGAUCCCUAUAAUUUACAGUCCCUUGCAUGUGAAUGUGGCUCAGAGAUCUAUUUUAGUUUGUGAGAGUUUGCUCAGGGAGGAUGGCUGAUUUAUAAAACUACAAUUGGGUGUGCGUUUUUGUUUUUCACUAGUAUACAAAAAAAAAUCAACCGAUUAAUUUAUUGCUUGAAAAUUCCAGUAGCGUCAUUAAUAAAUAGAUGUUUAUUAAUCCCCAAUUAAAAGAAUUAAUGAAUUGUAGAAUUCUUUUGUAAUUUGCAAACUUAAACACGAAUGUGUUUUAAAAUAGAGGUUUGUUUAAUAUACUUGAAAAUUGUUUCAUCAGAUUCAUUUUUAUGAUGUUUUGCCUCCCUAACUUGUUUAUAUAAAAGACAACCAGCAGCUUACAAUUUCAGUCCCUUUAAAGUAAUUGACCUGCUGCUACCAUUUGAUGGGUUCAGUACAUAUUCAUUCCACUUCAUAAAAAGCAUCAAAAUGUGAUGAUGUAAAUGGUUCUAGAGAGCAUUGGUAAUAAAAUGUUUUGGUAAAGAC